GCGCAGCGCUCUCUUUAAGCCUGACAUAUCUCCAACAGGAACAAAUUGUCCCAACAAUCAACAUCCGAAUCUCCCGUGCGCAUCAGGGGUGGAGUGGAUAUUGUCCGGACGCCGGAUUGCACUGGGUUCUGGAACACAAUAACAAACCAGUGAAGAAUAUAUAGACAGAAAAACAGGAUAUCGGCGUUGGGCUGGGGAUUGAGACCCGACAUCAUGUCAAUACUACCUUCGUUUGGGUUUACCCAGGAGCAAGUCGCCUGCGUCUGCGAGGUCCUGCAACAAGGAGGUAACCUGGAGAGGCUCGGUCGUUUUCUCUGGUCUCUCCCAGCUUGUGACCACCUCCACAAGAAUGAAAGUGUACUGAAAGCAAAGGCGGUGGUCGCCUUUCACCGAGGGAACUUCAGAGAGCUAUAUAAGAUCCUGGAGAGCCACCAGUUUUCCCCGCACAACCAUCCCAAGCUGCAGCAGCUGUGGCUGAAAGCGCACUACGUGGAGGCGGAGAAAUUGCGCGGCCGACCGCUUGGAGCCGUGGGGAAGUAUAGGGUAAGAAGGAAAUUCCCUUUGCCCCGCACAAUCUGGGACGGCGAGGAGACCAGCUAUUGCUUUAAGGAGAAGUCCAGGGGUGUUCUUAGAGAGUGGUACACGCAUAACCCCUAUCCCUCCCCGCGAGAGAAAAGGGAGCUGGCCGAGGCCACGGGACUGACCACUACGCAGGUCAGCAACUGGUUCAAAAACAGACGCCAGAGAGAUAGAGCCGCAGAAGCUAAAGAAAGAGAAAACAGCGAAAACAACAACUCCGGUAACAACAAACAGAACCAGCUGUCUCCCCUCGAUGGCGGCAAGUCGCUCAUGUCCAGCUCGGAAGACGAGUUCUCUCCACCACAAAGCCCUGAUCAGAACUCUGUGCUUUUGCUCCAGGGAAAUAUGAGUCACCCCGGCGUCUCCUCUUACCCUAUGACGGGUCUCGGUGGCGCACAGCCGGUGCAUGGAAUGCACGGACACCCGCACCAACUCCAAGACUCGUUGCUGGGACCUCUAACAUCGAGCCUUGUGGAUCUAGGCUCCUAAAGGCAAACUGAUACUAUCUUUUAAAAGACUGAUAACUCUACCAGCUUGAGUACAUAUAUGAAAUUACACUAUGGUACCUUAUAACUAGACUGACCUCUGUCAGUCGUUAAAUUUGGUUAGAACUAUAACGCAAUUAUUUUAUGCGCUUAUCCUGACUUAGGAGGUACCCUCCUUCCCGUGAAAAUACAAUCAACCCCCCUUUUACGAACUCUUAAGUCAACGAGACACUUAAACUGGACUGCCCUUUUGCUUAAUUUAUGAUAUUUUUUGUUCAGAUAAAAUUUAUAGCAACCUCCUGCUAUGGAAACUAAGAAGCGACGUUUUCAUUAAAAUCCUAUUAGUUUCCAAUAAAACAAAAAGAGACGUCAAUUUGUUUAAUGUGUAUUAUUUGUAUGUCCAGUCAAUAAAAUAAAUAGCAUUAUAUCAUAGCCUAUAUUCAUCCCUCAAAGAUAUGUAGAGCAUGGAGAACAAAUAUGGGCUAUAAUAAACCAAAACAUUUUGGUCACGUUUUCUUCCUUGGUAUAGCAUUGAGCCAUCUACAUUUUACGCCACGUCCAUGAUAGCAAACAAUACAAAAUAUCUGUUCAACUUUUGGGCAGGGUGUAUUCGAAAAGCACAUUUAGUUUCUUAGGCCUCUAUGUCACCAUUUGGAUGGAUAGAAACCACGGUCAAAGUUCUCUGUUUAACUCUCCAGACAAAAUGGACAUAUUUAAUCUUUCCUUGAAAUUGUUGCUUUAAUUUUCACCCAACGCAGAUAUGUUAAUGGAGUUAAAACUCAAAACAUGAUCGAUUCGGAAUAACAACAAAACAUCCGGAUUGGGAACUGUAAAAUGUGGGGCCCAAACUGUUAUAAUUCGUUUUAAAAAAAGGACCACGAGGUAUGCACAACAGAGUCGUUUUGUCGAUGAUAUUUAAAGCCAUGUUUUGCCCAAGGCGAAGAAGCCUGGUUCUCGCCCGUGCUCCAUGAGCGCUGCGGAUCAUUACGUCUGUGUUGCGGUGUUUACUUUGCUCUCUCCAAGUGUUUGUUCUGUCGGUUCUGGGCCACGGAAAAGCAACACCAUCUGCGGAAGGCGUGAUUUUACAUUAAUCUGUAGCCUACUACGAAGAACAAAUAAACCUCGAAAUUGA